UUUGUUUCUUUAUUUAUUUAUUGUUGGAUCGCAUCGACGUGUGUGAAAUCGAUUCUAACAAGUCCCCUACCUACUCCAUUAAUCUUGCAUUGCACGCAUGGGCCGAGCAAGGAUUCCAGGUUGCUGCAGGCGUGGGUCUAGAUGAUUUACUUUAAAGUUCAUUAGCAAAAAGAACAACCACCACAUGCACAAAGUCUAAAGUUAAUCAACUAUCCAAGCAUGUUAAAUAUCAAAUCAUGACCUGUUGUUGUCGGCUUUAGCGCCAAUCUGUAUGAUGAUGCACCCAACUGAAAUUAAACAAAGGGAACACAUGCCCAGCUCUACUAACAAGCCAUAUUCUGCAUCAUCUGUCGGGAAAUUGUCAUUUGAUAUUUUUCUGCCCAUCGUUCUGGUCUAGGGUGAGAGAGGGUCGCGCUUGCUCAAGCGGACUUCCAUAAGGAGCAGCUAUUGCGCCAUGGUCACAUGUUGCAUGCGGUGAGUGGUGCGCUUUUGUUUAGAGCAAUCACCGCAAGCAAGGGCUUCUCGAUCUACUCUGAGUUCAUGCUCCCAGAUCCAGUGCUCUGUACGUUUUAGACCUUUACUUGUACUGGUACGAGCAGCAGGACCCAACAUCCAUCAAUCUUGAAGCAAAAGGAAGCGGAAAUGACGAUGGUCCUGGAUGCCUUCGCAUCCUACUUGCAAAACAUGCUCACGGAGAUGGUGAGUGAAGAGGUGCACAUGCUGCUUGGAGUCACAAAUGAGAUCAAGAAGAUGGACGUCAAGCUUAAGGACCUCAAGAACUUCCUCGCCGACGCUGACCGGAGAAACAUCACCGACGAGAGUGUGCAAGAGUGGGUGGCCCAGCUCAAGCGUGCCAUGUAUGAAGCAACAGAUAUCCUUGACCUCUGUCAGCUCAAGGCCAUGGAGCGCGGUCCAUCCCCUGCAGAUGUGGGGUGCUUCAAUCCCUUGCUCUUCUGCAUGCGGAAUCCCUCCCAUGCCCAUGACAUCGGCACCCGCAUCAAGGCGCUCAACCAGAAUCUUGAUGCCAUCAAGGAGCGAAGCUCUGCUUUGAGCUUCAUACCACUUGGUUCCUCUGAAGAUCAUAGCAGCAAGAUCCAUGGCUCUCAUUCCGGUGAUACCAGGCGUGAGACGUCAGGGGAGUUUGAUCAGUCGGGUGUAGUCGGAGAGAAGAUCGAACAAGAUACAAAAAAGCUGGUUGAGACCAUGCUAACUGAAAAGGAGGGCAACACCAACAUCAUGGUGGUCGCCAUUGUUGGUGUCGGCGGAAUUGGCAAGACCACUCUUGCGCAAAAGGUCUUCAAUGAUGAAGCCUUGAAUGCUGAGUUCGAGAAGCCGAUAUGGUUGAGCAUCAACAAGGACUUUGACAAGGUUGAGUUGCUUAGGACAAUCAUCACGCAAGCCGGGGGAGUAGUACAUGGGGGUGAAAAGGCGUUGGCUGUGCUUCAGCCAAUCCUUGCCACUACCUUGAAAGGGAAGAAGCUAUUCCUGGUGCUAGAUGAUGUUUGGAACCAUAGAGCAUGGGAUGAUGUGCUUAAAACAUCAUUGGCUAAUGUUGUGGCUCGUGGUAGCCGAGUCCUCGUCACUACUAGAGAUGAAACAGUAGCUCGAAGGAUGAAAGCUGUGCUUCCCUACCACCACGUGGACAAAUUAGAGGAGGAGGAUGGCUGGUUAUUGCUGAAGAAACAGAUAUUAUCAAGUGAGAUUGAUGACCGUGACAUUGAUAUGCUCAAGGAUAUUGGAGUGCAAAUUGUAGCAAAAUGUGAUGGUUUGCCUCUUGCUGUCAAAGUAAUGGGAGGAGUCUUGUGUCAGAAGGACAGAAAACACCGUGAGUGGGAGAUGGUUCUGAAUGAUUCUAUAUGGUCAAUAUCUGGACUGCCCGAAGAGCUGAACCAUGCAGUAUAUUUAAGCUAUGAAGAUUUACCUUCUUGUGCCAAACAAUGCUUUCUACACUACUCCCUUCUCCCUAAAACCACAGUGUUCCGUUGCAAUGAAAUCACUGGCAUGUGGCUUAGUGAAGGAUUUCUUCACGGAACUUCCGAUGACUUGGAAGAACUAGGAAGCAAGUACUAUAAGGAGCUGAUACUGAGGAAUCUUAUAGAGCCAAAUACAAAUUAUGUUGAUCAAGUUGUUUGCAACAUGCAUGAUGUUGUUCGCUCAUUUGCUCAAUUUGUUGCUAGAGAUGAGGCACUAGCAGCUCACAGUGGAGAAACUAGUAUUGUUGGUAAACUUAGUGCACAUGAUUUUCUUCGGUUAUCUCUAGAAAGCAAAGCAUUGGAAUCAGAUAGGUUAAACUGGAGUUCCCUGCAAGCACAAAAGGCAUUGAGGGUACUAAUGUCAGUUGGGUAUAUAGAUAUCAAGCCUGGUGAUUCGUUGGUUCAUUUUCCAUGUCUACGAACUUUACAUAUCGAUUCUGCAAAUGUUGUAGCUUUGCUUGAAUCUUUGCAUGAACUCAAGCACCUGAGGUACUUGUCCUUAAAGAACACUAAUAUAUCUAGUCUGCCUGAUAGCAUUGGAAAGAUGAAAUUCUUGCAGUACAUUAGCCUUCAAGAAUGCAAACAAUUUGUGAAACUUCCGCAUAGCUUUGUAAAGUUAGGGCCGCUAAGGUACCUUAACUUCAUUGCAACAAGCAUAGAAGGCAUACCUAGGGGGUUUCAUGCUCUAACGAACUUGAGGGUAUUAGUUGGGUUUCCAGCCCAUGUGGAUGGUGAUUGGUGUAGUUUGGAAGAGUUGGGUUCUCUUUCUCAGCUCAAUCAUCUUGAAUUGGACAGAUUGGAUAAUAUAACUGCUUCCUCAUCUGCAGCAAAGGCAAAGCUUGCCGACAAGGUGCAUCUUACUAUUCUAUACUUAAAUUGUGGUAGUAUAUUGGGAGAUGAUGGGCUGAUUAAAGAGGAAGAUGGUGUCUCCGAUAAAGAGCAACAACAGAUCGAGAAGGUGUUCGAUGAGCUCUGCCCUCCACCCAGGUUAGAAGAUCUUGAGAUCAAAGGAUAUUUUGGCCGAUGGCUCCCAAGGUGGAUGAUGUCAUCAUCAGUUAUGCCCCUCAAGAGCUUGAGGAUUAUGUUCAUUACUGACCUGGCUUGCUGCACACAACUUCCUGAUGGCCUUUGUCAGCUCCCUUAUUUGGAGUUCAUUCAGAUCAAUCGUGCUCCAGCCAUCAAGCGUGUUGGAACUGAAUUCAUACAAUCCUACAAUCACCACAGUCCCCGUCCUUUCCAGAUGGUGGCUGCAUUUCCGAAAUUGCAUGAGUUGUAUUUUAUAGGAAUGGUGGAAUGGGAGGAGUGGGAGUGGGAGGAGCAAAUGCAAGCCUUUCCUGUCUUGCAGAAACUUAUGCUACAGCGCUGCAAAUUGAAGUGUCUUCCUCCUGUACUUGCCUCCCAGGCAAGGGCUUUGAAUAAAUUAUCCAUAUACCGUGUCCACAGUCUCAUCUCUCUAGAGAACUUUCCAUCUCUGGUUGACCUGGAACUAGAUGAAAACCUUGACCUGGAGAUGAUCACUAAUCUUCCAAGACUGCAGAAGCUUACCAUUGAAAACUGCCCAAAGCUGAAGGUGUUGGAGGGCGUUCCUGCACUCCAUAGGCUCGUUCUUGCGUAUAACGACAUGGAAACAAUCCCAAAAUACAUGGGAGGUAUAAACCCAAGGCAUUUGGAGCUAUACUGCAGCCUAGCACUGCUCGUUUCCGUAGCUGCGGGACAAUCUAGCCCUGAGUGGGACAAGUUCAGCCAUGUUGAGCAUGUCAAGGCAUAUGCACGCGAAGGAGGUAAUUCAAGGAAAUGGUAUGUCUUGUACGCAGCUGAUCCCUACAAUUUGGAGACAAAUGUCAGCCGUUCUUUCAUGUCCAGAGGAACCUUAACCUCCUUUGAGGACACACAACAAUUUGGGUAUGUCUUCAAAAUGACAAGAAAAACAUUUAGCUACAUCUGCAGCUUGGUUAUGAAGCCGUCAAUGGAAGAUAUGAACAACUACACAUUUGUUGACGGGAGGGUACUUUCUUUAGAAGAUCGAGUGGCCGUUGCUCUGAGAAGGUUGCAAUCUAGUGAGCUACCGGAGUCCAUAGGGUCCUCCCUUGGUGUGAGCGAGUCAACUCUCUUGUUGGUAACCGAGAGCUUCAUUGUGGCUGUGGACAAGAGAGCAGGGCACCAUUCGCGCUGGCCAGACUCCAGCGAAAUGGAUAAGGUCAAAUCCAUGUUUGAAAAGAUCCACAAUAUGCAUAACUGCUGCGGUGUUAUAUGUACAACUCACAUCCCAUUUGGACAAUGCUGGGACCGUGAGAAGAAUGAAACCAUCCUAGUACAACUCGUCAUUGAUCCAGCGAUGAGGUUCAGGACCAUUUGGUGGGGACGGAUAAGCAGCAUGGACCAGUCAAGCAUUUUGCAUGAAUCUUAUUUUUUCAAGGAGUGUGAGAAGGGUGCUCGGCUGAAUGGCAGCAAGUUGAAGGUUGGAUUAGAUGGACCAGAAGUCGGGGAAUACAUAAUUGGUGAUGCAGGAUACCCGCUUCUCCCAUGGCUACUCACACCUUACCAGGAAGAAGACCUCUCAUAUUCCAAAGCAGAGUUCAAUAGUAGACACAACGCAGCCACAACCUGCGCUCAGAAGGCGCUGGCAAGGUUCAGAGACACAUGGACGUACCUGCAGGGAGAGACGUCGUGCCCUGUCAAUCAGAAAACUAUAGUUGCCACAAUCCAUGCCUGCUGCUACUUGCAUAAUAUAAUCAUUGAUAUGGAAGAUGAUGCAGCCAUGCCGAGUGUUAAGAAGCCGGAUUACAGUGGGGAAGUGCGCCAGUUAGCAAAUGAGGAUGCCGGCAGAGCAAGGGAUAUGCUGGCGCAAUACUUCUCGACCACCAUGUCAUCCAAAUCAGGAGUCGGCUUGGUGGAUGUAGAGGAGGACGAUGAAGUGGCUGCAACAGGCUUAGGGGAUGAAAACAAGGAACAAGAAGCAGAGACAACGGCAGCAGAGGAAGAGAGGCAAUGUUAGGUGAAAGGGAAGUUGACAUCGGUCCUGCUGGUUGGAGCUUUAGAAUGCAUGAAUCCAGAGAAGCCCUGGAAUGGAGCAACAGACUAACUUGGUGCUGCAACUGGAAUUGAAGUUGAAUGUUUUCUUAAGUUUGGUCAUGUAUCUAUUAGGCAAAGACAAGUAUUAUGUAGUCUGCACUUUAUGUGUGUGCAGUAAGCUUUAACUGACGGACAAAUGUGGCUAGCUGCUUGGAGACUAUCUUCAAUUUGCAUCCAUCAGUUGAUGCAAACUGAAGAAUUUGCAGACAUAAUGGCAUGCAGUUCUGUGUAUUUAUGAAAUACAUAUGUUUGGGCCAGUAGUUUUACAAAA